AUGGAGUUAUCAGGAUUGAAAAAGAAGAGUUUGCUAGGACUCAAAGAAAAUAAUAAAAAAUCCAAUACUAGGGCUCCCUCACCAACCAAGCGCAAGGAUAGGUCUGAAGAGAAAUCAAAAGACCGGUCCAAGGAUAAAGGAGGGACUAAGGAAUCAGGUGAAAAGGAUCGUGGUCGAGACAAGGCACGCAAAAGGCGCAGUGCUUCCAGUGGGAGCAGCAGUACCAGAUCCCGUUCCAGCUCAACUUCCAGUUCAGGGUCCAGUUCCAGCACUGGUUCUAGCAGUGGCUCUAGCUCCUCUUCUGCCUCAAGCCGCUCUGGGAGCUCCAGCACCUCACGAAGUUCCAGUUCCAGCAGCUCCUCUGGAUCUCCAAGUCCAUCUCGACGGAGACAUGACAACAGGAGGCGCUCCCGCUCCAAGUCCAAGCCACCCAAGAGAGAUGAAAAGGAGCGAAAGAGGCGAAGCCCAUCACCCAGACCUACAAAAGUGCACGUUGGCAGGCUCACUAGAAACGUGACCAAGGAUCACAUCAUGGAAAUUUUUUCCACUUACGGAAAGAUUAAAAUGAUUGACAUGCCAGUUGACAGGCUAAAUCCACACCUCUCCAAAGGUUACGCUUAUGUGGAGUUUGAGAACCCAGAUGAUGCUGAGAAAGCCCUGAAACACAUGGAUGGAGGCCAGAUUGAUGGUCAGGAGAUCACUGCCACGGCUGUGCUAGCACCACGACCCAGGCCGCCUCCCAGACGCUUUAGCCCACCCAGGAGGAUGCUGCCACCACCGCCGAUGUGGCGCAGGUCACCCCCUCGCAUGAGGAGAAGGUCCCGCUCUCCUCGGCGCAGAUCCCCUGUUCGCCGGCGAUCAAGAUCCAGAUCUCCUGGACGAAGGCGCCAUCGCAGCCGCUCCAGCUCAAACUCCUCGCGAUAAAGGAAAAAGACUGGACAGCUUUUUAUUUUUUAACUUAAAUCCCAUCAGACUAAAUAUUGUACCUUUUUUUUAUAAUGGGUCUGGUUGAGGAGGAGUGAGAGAGAGAGAAAUAAUCCUGGCAGUGAAGGCAACCUAAGAGGGCAGAGCGACAGUUCCCGGACAGUAGAUCGCCU